AACGCCCGGUGUUCGUUGCCUUUGUAACCGCGGGAUAUCCUGAUCCUGAAGAGGCCGUCGAUAUCCUACUUGGACUUGAAGAGGGUGGCGCGGAUAUAAUAGAACUUGGUUUUCCUUUUACUGAUCCUUUGGCUGACGGGCCGAUUAUACAAGAAUCUAACAAUGUGGCUCUUGAACAUAACGUUGACAUUCCAAAAUGCUUAUCAUUUGUUUCUCAAGCAAGGAGCCGUGGUCUCAAAGUUCCUGUGAUCUUUAUGGGUUAUUACAAUCCAAUUUUAAGUUACGGAGAGCAAAAGAUGGUGGAGGACUGUAAAAAAGUUGGAGUCAAUGGCUUUAUUAUAGUCGACUUACCACCUGAAGAAUCUGAUAAUUUGAGAGAAAUUUGUGCACGUUAUGGAUUAAGUUAUGUUCCACUUGUUGCUCCUUCUACUACCGAUUCGCGUAUUCGACAUCUUUCGCGCAUAUCCGAUUCAUUUAUUUAUGUUGUAUCAAGGAUGGGAACAACUGGUUUUCGUUCUGAGGUCAAUAAUGAGCUACCAAAUCUUAUUGCCAGAGUUCGUAAGUAUACAAACCUACCUCUGGCGGUUGGGUUUGGAGUUUCAACGAGGGAACAUUUUGAACUUGUCGCAUCGCAUGCUGAAGGGGUAGUAAUCGGCAGUAAAAUUGUAAAAGUUUUGAAGGAAGCUGAAAAGGGAAAACGUGCCGAAUGUGUAAAAGUUUAUGCAUCUCAAGUAUGUGGUUUAUCGGAUAGAAACCAUACGAAAGAUGGCGUUUACAAUGAUAAUGAUAAUGAAAUCGCGAAUAAGAAUCUAAGCGGUGGAAUCUCUAAUGAAGAUGAUAGUAUACAUCAUAGUAUAUCUUCACGAUUCGGAGAAUUUGGGGGUCAAUACGUUCCAGAAGCUUUAGUAGAUUGUUUAACCGAGCUCGAAAAAGCAUUUGUUCAAGCCAAAGAGGACCCAAAUUUUUGGGAGGAAUUUCGUUCAUAUUAUGAUUAUAUGGGUCGAGAAUCACAACUUCAAUUUGCUGAUAGGUUAACGAAAGAUACUGGCGGUGCAAAAAUUUGGUUGAAACGAGAGGAUUUAAAUCACACAGGCUCUCAUAAAAUCAAUAACGCAGUCGGUCAGGUUCUCCUCGCAAAACGUAUAGGGAAAAAGAGAAUUAUUGCCGAAACUGGUGCUGGUCAACAUGGAGUUGCCACAGCAACUGUCUGUGCAAAAUUUGGACUGGAGUGCAUAGUUUACAUGGGAAGCGAGGAUGUUCGAAGACAAGCAUUGAAUGUAUUUAGAAUGAAAUUAUUGGGCGCAACAGUAAUUUCUGUAGAUUCAGGUAGCCAAACGUUGAAAGAUGCUAUCAACGAAGCUAUGCGAGACUGGGUGACCAAUGUACACAAUACACAUUAUAUUGUGGGAUCAGCAAUAGGUCCUCAUCCGUUUCCCAAAAUCGUGCGAGAAUUUCAGUCCGUAAUUGGUAAAGAGGCUAGGGAACAAAUGUUGCAGAAAGCCGGCAAGUUGCCGGACGUAAUUGUAGCUUGUGUGGGGGGUGGUAGCAAUUCUAUUGGGUUAUUUUAUCCAUUUCUUGACGAUAAGGAUGUUAGAAUUGUUGGUGUUGAGGCUGGUGGUGAUGGAAUAGAUACGGAAUUUCAUUCGGCGACCUUGAGUGUAGGUACACCAGGCGUAUUGCAUGGGACUAGAACGUACUUGCUACAAGAUGAUAAAGGCCAAAUUAAAGCAACACACAGUAUAAGUGCUGGACUAGAUUAUCCAGGUGUUGGUCCGGAACAUUCUUGGUUAAAAGAUGUUGGUCGAGCUGAAUAUUGUGCUGUUACUGAUAAGGAAGCCUUAAUUGGCUUUAGAAAAAUAUCAGAACUAGAAGGCAUCAUUCCAGCAAUUGUGCUUGCUCAAAAAAUGCCAAAGGAUAAAGAUAUCCUGAUAUGUGUUAGUGGCCGAGGUGACAAGGAUGUUUCAACGGUAGCCGAAUAUUUACCUAAAUAUGGUCCCCAAAUAGGAUGGGAUUUGCGUUUUUAA